AUGGUGACGCGCUUCGCUCCCCGCGUGAAAUCUCCCCGUCUCGGUCGCUCCAUGUGGGCCGAAGCUGCUCCUCUUCGUUCCGAACCACACCCACCGCCCGUCUUCUCCGUGCCGCCACUGCAAGACCUCAACGCCCGGCUGAAGCGCCUGGUCCAGUCGGGCAGGCUCUCGGACGCGCAGGCCCUGUUCGACGGGGCGCCGCACCGCGACGAGGCCUCCUACUCCGCCCUCCUCGCGGGCCAUGCCGCGGCGGGGGACGUAGCCGGCGCCAUGGCGCUCUUCUCCCGCAUCCGCGCAUCCUCGCUCCCGGCCGCUGACCCCUUCGUGCUCAGCCUCGCGUUCAAGGCCUGCGCCGCGGCCGCCGACGCCAGCCACGCCGCGUCACUGCACGCCUUCGCCGUCAGGUCCUCGGCCGUCUCCUCCGUCUUCGUCGCCACCGCGCUGGCCGACGCCUACGCCAAGGCCGGCCGCCUCGCGCUGGCGCUCAGGGUGUUCGACGAAAUGCCGCUCAAGAACGUGGUCUCCUGGACCACGCUCAUCUCCGCACUGGCGCGGGCCGGCCGCCGCCACGACGCGGUCCGCCGCUUCGCCGAGAUGCGAGCCUCCGGCAUGCCCUGCGACUCGCACGCCUUCGCGGCUGCGCUCACCGCGUGCGCCGACACCGGGCUGCUGUCGCGCGGCCGUGAGGUGCACUCGCUCUGCGCCAAGCUCGGCUUCGACGCCACACCCUACGUCGCCAACACACUUGCCACGCUGUACGCGCGCUGCGGGGACGUCCACCGCGCACUGGCUGCGGUCGGCCGCAUGGGCUCGCGAGACGUUGCCGCGUGGACGACUGUGAUAUCCUCCUACGCGCAGACUGGUCGUGCCAAGGAAGCCAUCCUGGCAUUCGUCGCGAUGCUUCGUGACGGGGCAUCAAACGCGGCAAGGCCCAACGAAUACACAUACGCUGCAGUUAUUGCUGCGUGUGCAAAUAUUUCGUGUGUACAUCUUGGAGAGCAGUUGCACGCGCAAGCUGCACAAAGAGGGUUCGCCAGCUCGCGCUCGGUGGCCAAUUCACUCGUCACACUCUAUGCCCGCGCCGCCGGUCGUCUGUCAGCAGCCGAUGCGGUGUUCCAGGAAAGUGCUGCCAAGGAUGUUGUCUCUUGGAGUGCAAUCAUAUCAGGCUAUGCGCAGGAAGGGCUUGCCGGGGAGGCUUUCGCCCUGUUUACUGAAAUGCGACGGCACCAUUGUCCUCGUCCAAAUGAGUUUACUCUUGCCAGUCUCCUCAGUGCGUGCGCAACUGCUGCGUCACUGGACGCUGGUCGCCAACUCCACGCACUUGCUGUCGCUGCUGGACUUGAACACCAUGCCAUGGUCAGGAGCGCGCUCAUUGACAUGUAUGGAAAGAGUGGCAACAUGUCAGAUGCUGAUGUUGUAUUUUCGAAUCGCACGAAAGAUGAUGUGGUUUCAUGGACCGCGAUGAUCGUCGGGAAUGCUGAGCAUGGCCACAGUGAAAGGGCACUUGAAUUGUUUGAGGAAAUGUGCCGUGUUGGGCUAAAGCCGGACCAUGUUGCGUUCAUUGGUGUGCUCAGUGCUUGCUGUCAUGCUGGGGCAGUUGAGCUUGGAUUGAGGUACCUCAAUGCAAUGAGCAAAAGCUACGGACUGGAGCCGUCAAAGGAGCACUAUGGCUGUGUCGUAGAUUUGUUGGGCAGAGCUGGUAGAAUAGAUGAGGCUGAGGAGUUGAUUGGUGGUAUGGCAGCUAAUGAAAGAGAUGGCGUUGUUUGGACAUCUUUGCUUAGGGCAUGUGCAGCUCGAGGGGAAGAGCAAACCGGGAAGAAAGCUGCAGAGAGGGUAAUGGAGGCAGAGCCAUGGGGUGCAGGAGCACAUGUGGCAAUGGCAAAUCUAUACGCCAGCAAGGGACAGUGGUGUGAGGCAGCACAAGAGAGACAUAUGAUGAAGCAGAAAGGGGUUGUGAAAGGAGUAGGCUGGUCAUCAGUCACAGUUGGAGGGGAGGAGAGGGGAGUUGGGGUGUUUGUUGCAGGUGACCGGACACACCCCCAAGACAAUUUGAUCUAUGAGAUGCUUGACUUGAUUUACUAUGGAGUUGGAAUGGCUCGGUAUGUACCCGAUCAGAUGAAUUUAGCAUCUGAGGUAGAGCUAAUGGUUAACACUUACAGUAGUAGUUAUAACUGA